CAUAAUUCCAGAAUGUUCCAGAGCAGCCGACUGACCAAUAGGAAUCGUAUACCGCAGCGCCAUGAUUGGUGAAUUUUCAGCAGAAGUUAGCAGAAAGAAGUAAUCACAGUUACCGUGCGGAGAGCAUUUCAUUCAGACUAUUGCGAUCAACGUUUAAUCUUUGAUUUACGCAAGAUAGUAUUAUUCAGUGUCGUAAAGAAAACGUCGUACCCAGUCUCAGCCAUGGCUGCUAUGUCCGUGAUCGGAAUUGACUUUGGUAACGAAAGCUGUUAUGUGGCUGUAGCACGGGCGGGAGGCAUUGAAACUAUAGCUAAUGAUUACAGUCUUCGAAAUACACCAUCAUGUGUAGCAUUCAGUGGGAAAAAUCGAAUUCUUGGUGUAGCUGCUAAGAAUCAGAUGGUGACCAAUAUGAAAAAUACCAUUCAUGGAUUUAAAAGAUUAUUGGGUAGAAAAUAUAAUGACCCACAGGUACAAAGAGAGCUUCAGACAUUACCUUUUAAGGUAACUCAUCAGUCAGAUGGAAGUAUUGGUAUACAUGUACAAUAUUUAGGAGAGGAACACAUUUUCUCACCUGAGCAAAUAACUGCAAUGUUAUUUACAAAAUUAAAAGAUAUAUCUGAAACUGCUCUUCAAACUGUUGUUAAUGACUGCGUUAUUUCUGUUCCAUCAUAUUACACGCAAGCUGAACGUCAGGCAUUGCUUGAUGCUGCACGAAUUGCUGGUUUAAAUGUUCUUAGAUUAUUUAAUGAAACAACAGCUACUGCUUUGUGCUAUGGCAUCUAUAAGCAAGAUUUACCAGCACCUGAUGCACCUCCGAGAAAUGUAGUCUUUGUUGAUUGCGGCUAUGCAAGCUUACAAGUAAGCAUUUGUGCAUUCCACAAAGGAAAACUAAAGAUGAUAGCUAGUACUUUUGAUAGUCAAUUGGGUGGAAGGAAUAUAGAUUCUAUUUUAGCAGAACAUUUUUGUAAGGAAUUUCAAUCACGUUAUAAUAUUGAUCCGCAUAACAAUCCACGUGCAUAUAUAAGACUACUAGCAGAAGUAGAGAAAUUGAAAAAACAAAUGUCAGCCAAUUCAACGAUGCUUCCUCUUAAUAUUGAAUGUUUUAUGGAUGAGAAGGAUGUACAUGGUGAAAUGAAACGAGCAGAUAUGGAAGCAAUGUGUGCACAUUUAUUUAAACGCGUUGAAUCCACUUUACGUCGAUGCCUUGAAGAUUCUAAAUUAAAGUUGGAAGACAUUCAUUCAGUUGAAUUAGCGGGUGGUUCUAGUCGUGUUCCUGCUAUCAAACGGUUGGUUGAAGAAGUGUUUGGUCGUACUGUAUCUAUGACAUUAAAUCAAGAUGAGGCGGUUUCACGAGGAUGCGCACUUCAGUGUGCGAUGUUGAGUCCCGCUGUUAGAGUUCGUGAUUUCUCGGUAACUGAUAUUCAACCGUAUCCCUUGAAAUUAACGUGGGAUCCUACUCAAGGGGAAGACGGUGAAAUGGAGAUCUUUGGACACAAUCAUUCUGUACCAUUCUCGAAAACGUUGACAUUUUAUCGAUCAAAUCCAUUUACACUCACUGCAAGUUAUACUAUGCCAUUAGCAUCAUAUCCUCGAACUCACGUUGGUACAUACACAAUAAAGAAUGUAAAGCCAACGCCAGAAGGUGAAUUGUCGAAAGUAAAAGUAAAAGUGAGGAUAAACUUGAAUGGAAUUCUUACUAUUGUAUCGGCUUCAUUGAUCGAGAAACGUGAACUCACACAACAAGAAAAAGAAGAAGAAGAGAAACAGCAACAGCAGCAACAGCAAAAUAACAUGGACGUUGAUCAGCAGCAAGAUAGGAAAGAUAAAUCUGAUCAAGAAGCACAGGCAAAUGAACCACCAGCACCUGAAGUGAGCAUGGAUAAAACGCGACGGAACUCAGAUGCUGAUGAUGGUGGAAGAGGUGCGGGGGGUUCUGCCCCUUCCUACUCCUCCAGGAUUCUCUCUUGGCUCAGCUCGGGCGACGAUAAAAAUGACGAAAGUAAGGGUAAAAAGAAAGUUCCUAUUCGUACCAUUGAUUUACCGGUGGAUAUGUGUGAAUACGGACUUUCUCAGCGUGAUUUAGAUGCCGCAUUGGAAAAAGAGUCCAAGAUGAUCGCUGAAGAUAAACAGGAAAAGGAACGUGUUGAUGCCCGUAACGCAUUAGAAGAAUAUGUUUACGAUUUACGUGCUAAGCUGUCGGAGGAGGAUCAAUUGUCCACAUUUGUUACGGAAGAUGACAAAGAAACACUUUAUUGUACAUUAGAUGAAACUGAAAAUUGGCUGUACGAAGAAGGCGAAGAUUGCCAGCGACAAGUUUAUUCAGAACGGUUAACACGCCUUAAGUCACAAGGUGAACCAAUUAAAGAAAGACGAAUGGAAUUUGAAGGCAGAGGCUAUGCUCUUGAUGAAUUAGCAGGAGCUUUGCAACUUGCUAAAAAAGGGAUAGAUCUCAUUAGAUCGUCCAAUGGAAAGGAUGAUAAAUAUUCCCACCUAACAGAAGAAGAGGUAAAGAAGGUUGAAAAAGUAGUGCAAGAAAAAUGGACGUGGCUAGAAGAAAAACGCAUGCUUCUUGCCAGUACACCUCGCACACAACAACCGCCAGUUACUGUAGCUCAAAUUCGUGCAGAGAAACAGUCACUGGAUAGUGUUGUAGUACCAAUUUUAAAUAAACCAAAACCUAAAGUCGAUCCACCAAAAGAAGAGAAACCUAAAGACAAAGCUUCUGAAAAUCAUCAGAAAAAUAAUCAAAAUAGUCAAGGUGAUGCUCACUCUCAAACCAAUCAACAACAACAACCCCAGGAAGAGAAAAUGGAUGUUGAGUAACGGUCAUCCAAUUUUAUGUGUGUUUAAUAUUAUUAAAUCUACCAUGAUUAAAAUAACGAAAAUAUGUCAUUACACAAGUCAUUUUUAUCAUGUCACAAAAGCGCCUGAUAUGUUCUUAGUUAGCAGAUGCGAUUGUUUUUUCUUUUCUUUACCCAUCACAAUUUAUUGCUAAGUUUGCUGCAAUUUAUUGAUAAGUUAACCUAUUUAAGAACAACUAUCAUUAAUCUAAGUAUAUUGAAAUUUGAAGAAUUUUUUUUCUGUAAAUCACUUAAACAAAGUUGUAUGUAUAUUUUACGUUCAAUUAAUUUAACUAAUAUAUCAUUAUAAAAUUAUUUCAUUCAAGUAAAUUUCUAUAAAAAUAGAGGUGAACACGGAAUAAAUAAUGAUAGGCGCUGACAUUUUUAAAUUUCGUUUUAUAUUGAUAAAAACGUAUAAAAAAAAUUUUCUUUUUUGACACGUGUAUAUGUAUCCACUGUAUUCGUUUAUGAAAAAUAAUCAAUUCAGUUAAAAGUACACGAUA